AUGGUUGUGAUGAUUACACCAGUCGCAUUCGCCAAUAUCAACUAUUACACGUACACUGUAUUUGCCGCCCUCAAUCUGUUGAUUCUGGUUGCAACCUACAUCUUUUACCCAGAGACAGCCGGAAGAUCACUUGAAGAGAUUGAUAAAAUCUUCGAGAAAUCCAACCCUCGCACUCCAUGGGAUGUCGUCAAGAUUGCCCAAGAAUUACCCCAUCACAACGCUAUCCUCGACGAGGAAACAGGAUAUCAUGGAGAAGAAGAUGUUCUGGACAAGCCAACGCACCAGUACCAAGAAGACACCGCAACUAGCUUGUCUUCCUCUGGAGGUAAAGGAGACAUGUAA